AUGAUGCUUAGCAGAGUCUGCCGUCAACAAGGAGUCAUUGGUCGCAACGCCGCCUCGUACCGUCGGGCCUUUACAGUGUCACCACAGCAACAGCGCUCGAAAAGCACCAUCGACAAAGCCAAAGAAACCUUAAAGCAUCCAGUUGAAAGCGUAAAACAAGCCGGAGAAACUGUGAACAAAAAGACCGGCAAGAAGCUUGCCGAAGGCAUUGAAAUGGCUGAGCAUGCCACUGAGAAAGUAAAGAACGUGCAUCCUGUUGAAGGUCUGAAGAACGCGGGAGAUGCAGCAAAUAAGAAGGCCAAAGAAGAACUAGCCAAGGGCAUGGAUGCGGCAGAAGGUGCCACUGCAAAGGCCAAGAAUAUGGCAAAGGAUCUGAAGAAGGCAGGCGACAACGUGACUAAGAGAGCAGGCGAAGAUUUGGCCAAGGGCAUGGAUGCGGCACAGGACGUUUCGGAACAAGCCUCCAAAAAAGCUCACAAGACUUUAGACGAGACAGAAAAAAAGGCUGACGAAGUCUACAAACAAACCAAAAAAUAA